AUGCAUCGCCAACUCUUCCUCUCUCCCCUUCUCCACCACUCCAUCGCCACCAUCAUCUUCAUCCUCAUCACUUUUCCGACCUGUAAUGGCGACGACGAUGACCAGUACACAAUCUGCGACACCACCCGCUACCACUGUGGCGCAACCAUUCAGAACGUUAGCUACCCUUUCUGGGGAGCCAACCGCCCUCCGUUCUGCGGCGUUCCCGGGUUUCAACUCACUUGCAAUAUCAAUAAUUACACCACCAUAGACAUAAACAAUCAGAAUUUUCGUCUCCUAAGCAUCAACUCAUCCACUCACUUGGUCACCAUUGCUCCUACCGAUCUCUGGGACGAUAUUUGUCUGGACAACUUCAAUUACUCGAUUCUAGAUGACACCCUCUUUAGUUACGGUCCAGACGUUCGAAAUCUCAACGUGUUCUAUGAUUGCCGAGGUCGCAGCCUUAAUAUAUCUGUUAGGAAUAGAUUUACUUGCAUGAUGCGUGGUUCAGAGAGGGUUGGCUUUUACGCUGACGAAUCGUUUUCGUCGGUUCAGUUACCGGAAUUUCAGCCAUGUGAGCGUACUAUGACCGUUCCUGUUCUUCGGAGGGCUAUUCAGAGAUUCACACCGAAUGAGACCAUUGAAUUGCUGGAACUAUUGAAUGAGGGUUUUGACGUGGAGUAUCGGAUAGAGGAGUUUUGUUCGGCUUGUCAGAAAUCCGGUGGGUUGUGUUGGUCUGGCACGAAUUCUACACAGCCUUCAUGCCUUUGUAAAAACAUUGAAGCUCAUCCGUUCAUGUGCCCGGAACAAGCUUGCUGGCGGAAAUCAAGAAUUUGUUCAAAGAAUGGGAUAGGUUUCGAACGGAGCAUUAGUCUUAUUGAUGGAAACAAGAAGUCGAAUACAAUCAUUAUUGAAAUAAUGAAAAUUUCUAUGCCCACAAGUAUUACCACAGUGGACACACUAAUUGAUUGUCAAAUCUUUUACUCUGAGCAACAAGAAUCAAACUGUGGCUCCCCAGGAUUCAAUGUCACUUGUAAAGGCAAUUAUCCGACCCGCAUAUUUUCUGAUGAUGAUUACAUCAUCAAGGAUAUAUUUUACACAAACAACUCGCUUCUGUUAGUGAAAGCUGAGUUCUAUGAUGGGGAUAAUGAAUGCCCACUCCCUAAGCGCAAUUUUAGCAUAGAAAAGACUCCUUUUAACUAUGGUCCUGCCACCAUGAAUCUCUCCUUCUUCUAUAAUUGCACCGUGCCCUAUGAAAAUGCGACGUAUGCAGUUGAUUGUGGCAGCAACGCUACUCAUCACGCUUUUGCUGUUUUCCAUGCUGAUCUCUUGAGGUACCGGAAUUAUUCAGCAGAGUCAUGCCAAGAUUAUGUUAAUGCACCUGUGGAGACUGAUGAUCUUAGCAGACUGUUGGAUAUAAAUUUCACUGGUAUUUUGAAGAAGGGGUUUGUUUUGCAAUGGGAUGCAGUUGAUUGUAGGAACUGCCGGAGCAGUGGUGGGAGUUGUGAUUCUGACAAUAAGAAAUUCACCUGUAACCAUGGUUUUGGUGCAGCGACAAUCAGUGCCCUUUUCAUGUGCCUUCUUUUCUUGAUCUAUCAGCAUCGAAACAAGAAACGUUAUGCUGCUGCCUCAUUUAACUCUCGAGACAUUUCUUUGCAUCCCUCUUCGAUUACUGAUCUUGAAAAGGAUGGUAACUAUUUUGGGGUACACAUUUUCACCUAUGGAGAACUAGAAGAAGCCACUAACAAUUUCGAUUCUAAAAAAGAACUCGGAGAUGGGGGCUAUGGGACAGUUUACCAAGGCAAACUCCGAGAUGGGCGUGCUGUUGCUGUUAAGCGAUUGUACGAGAACAAUUACAAAACUGUAGGGCAGUUCAUGAAUGAGGUUGAGAUCCUCACACAUAAGGGAUUGAAUUUAGGACUGAAGAUUGGCAUAGGUUUUGGUGCAGCGACAAUCAGUGCCCUUUUCAUGUGCCUUCUUUUCUUGAUCUAUCAGCAUCGAAACAAGAAACGUUAUGCUGCUGCCUCAUUUAACUCUCGAGACAUUUCUUUGCAUCCCUCUUCGAUUACUGAUCUUGAAAAGGAUGGUAACUAUUUUGGGGUACACAUUUUCACCUAUGGAGAACUAGAAGAAGCCACUAACAAUUUCGAUUCUAAAAAAGAACUCGGAGAUGGGGGCUAUGGGACAGUUUACCAAGGCAAACUCCGAGAUGGGCGUGCUGUUGCUGUUAAGCGAUUGUACGAGAACAAUUACAAAACUGUAGGGCAGUUCAUGAAUGAGGUUGAGAUCCUCACACUCUUGAUUGAGCUUAUAUCAUCUAAGCCUGCUGUUGAUAUCACAAGGCAUCGGCAUGAAAUCAAUUUGUCCACCAUGGCUAUCAACAAGAUCAAAAAUCAUUCAUUGCAUGAGCUUGUGGAUCCAUCUCUCGGGUUUGAAUCGAACUGUAAAGUAAGGGACAUGGUAAAUGAUGUGGCAGAGUUGGCUUUUCAAUGUUUACAAAAUGGGAGGGAAAUGAGACCAUCCAUGGGAGAAGUGUUGGAGGUUCUAAAGGGAAUUCAGAACAAGGAUUAUGGCGUCCAAAACGUGGAAAAGGUGGAUAUUCUAGCAGAUGAUGUUGUAUUAUCGAAUGCUAAUCCUUUUACUCUUUCACCAGAUUCAGUUACUGCAGUUUGGGUUAGCAGUUCAACAACGCCUAAUGACAGUGCCUGA